CCAUUAUUUCACAUGGUAUCAAGAGCCUAAAUUUUUUUCUCUCUCUCCUUCCUCCAAACCCUCAAUUAUUCUUUCUAAGCCAUGUCUUCGGCCGCAGGUUCAACCAUCGAUGCCCUGCACUCAUCGGCCGAGUUUACUUCUUCUUCCAUGGCAGUCUCCACCACUGCCUCAAUUUCCUCGACUACGGCGCCGGCAUCCGCUACCUUUACCGACGCGGCCGUAGUCAUCACCAGCGCCCCUGUCAACAUGCUUGAGCCGCAGCAGGUGAUUUCUUAUCAGACGGGAUCGGUCGUGCCAACUGCGUCUUCUUCACUGGUUCCUGAUGUUUCUGGUGCGUAUUCUCUAUUCCAGACCAUCCCUUCCAUGUUUCCAUGGCAGCCAUCCGUCCCACUACAAACUCCAGGCAGUCCAUUCUCGACCCCUGUGCCAGCUCCCAGAAUACUUCCCCAAAUGCCAGCUCCCAGAAUACUUCCAGUCCGUCCUCAUCAAUUCCUUCUCCUGUCCUCUCUGAUUCGGCCAGCAUUCAAACCCAAGAAACUGUCCCUGACUCGUCCCAUGUUUCUCCCGUCAAUGUCCACCUGAUGCAAACUCUGGC